CCCAACCCUCUCUCAGCACUCUACUGCAGUAUACCCUUAUUUUAAUUAAAAUGCAUCUUGUUGCACUCUCCGUGGCCAUAACAGUUGCGUUGACUUUUGGUCCUACUUCAAUCUCCACCCUCCCCCUUCCUGGUUCACGAUUUAUUAAUCCAUCCAGUAAAUUCUACAAUCAACCCAAAGCAUAUAAACGAGACGGCUCCGGCGUUGUACCUGCCAGCUUCACAGGCGAGAAACAAAUCAAUGUACUGGAUGUCGAUGGCGUGAGCUACAAGGUCAACUAUGACGAUAUACGUGGCCUAAACGACUUGAGAGAACAAAAGAUGUCUCGUCUCUCGCACAACGUUUCCUUUAUCAAUAGCAAGAAUUUUGGCGGUCCCGAUGAGCCUGUUGAUGAGAUUAGUGUCACACUGCUAGGGAAAAACCCCAAGGCAGUCUAUCAACGCGACCUUGAGAAUCCACAAGGCAUAUUUUACAAGAAGUAGGCGGCCGUCUGGAUUGGACCUAGAUUAGACGGUUCGGUUUUUCAUUCAUUCGUCUUGUCAGUUUCAGGCAUCACAGCUGGUGAUAAAAAGGAUCAAAAUGGAAAAAUAAAUGAAAAAUUGUCAGUAACUAUC